UCCAUUAACGUACUGCAGCCUGCAGGUUCCUCGACGAGAAAUCUGGAUGAAAAGCUGUUCCUUCGAAUCAAGAACCCAAAACCCUGCCUUUUUCUCUCCCCUGCAGUUGUGGUUGUGGAGAUAGAAAUGGCGUCGAUCGCAAUCCCAACCAGAAGCGAAACCCUAGGUCUUUAUCGUGCUCUGCUACGCACAGCGCGACAGUUCCGCGACUAUAACAUCAGAGAGUACACCAAGCGGCGUACCAUCGACGCCUUCCGCAACAACCAGAAUCUGACGGACAGUUCUUCUGUCUCCGCUGCAUACUCCGACGGAAAGGCCCAGCUCGAGGUAGCUAAACGACAGGCGAUCGUUUACUCCAUGUACGCCCCCAAAGUGAAAAGCGUCAUGGAGAUUAAACAGGCUUGAUUGACCCUGCCUCUGUCAAUUGCCAUGAAUUAGUAUUUGAUGUCAUUAUUGUGUUGCAAUGAAGAGGCAUAAUGCAGUACGGGCGAUGGAGAGAUUACUAGGUACAGAAAUUCCCCAUGGAACAGCAUUUCUUGAAAGGUUGUCAACCUAUUUCACUAUCUUGAUGUUUCGUUACAUGCACUUGUAAUAAUACAAACAGGAGUUUACAUGCGUGUAUAUAUAUAUAUACACACACUCAUGCAUACAAAAGACACCUGUUUGUACGAUUACAAUUGUAAUAAUGGUUUGUAAAUAGCUUCCAAGUGCUCUUUUAGCUAAAUCGAAUUCGUUUGUUAAGCCUUGGCUCUGAAUCGAAAUGUACAAGCAAUGUUAUUGAGGUGUUGACAUA